CCGAGCCCCCGCCUCGCCGCCGCAGACCUGGAGUCCUCGCGCGCCUGCAGCCGGGAGCCGGCCCAACCCCCGCCCUCCGACCCACACAAUGGCUUGUUCUGAGGAGCAAGGAGGUGUCCCCUGUGGCUUCGUCCGCCAGAAUUCUGGCCCCUCCAUGUCUUUGGACUUUGAGCCAGAUGCAGAGUACCAGUUUGUGGAGCAGCUGGAAGAGCGCUACAGAUGUGCCUUCUGCCGCUCAGUGCUGCACAACCCCCACCAGACGGGCUGUGGGCACCGCUUCUGCCAGCGCUGCAUCCUGUCCCUGAGAGAAUUAAACGCAGUCCCACUCUGCCCUGUAGAUAAGGAGGUGAUCAAAUCUCAGGAGGUGUUUAAAGACAAUUGCUGCAAAAGAGAAGUCCUCAAUUUGUAUGUAUUUUGCAAAAAUGCUCCUGGAUGUAAUGCCAAGAUUAUUCUGGGACGAUACCAGUGGUGGAAGGUUGUUAAAUGGGAAUCAGGAAACGUGGCUCUGCCACAGCAAGCCCAUGUCAGGUUCAAUCACACGAUGAAUGAAUACGAGGCAAGCAUCUCUAGCUUCCAGGGAAUUGCUAGGAGGAUGCUACAAGAUUCCUUUCCCAGCCACACUUUUUGGAAUGUAUUUCAGGACCACCUUCAGCACUGCUUAUUCCAAGCUGUGCAGUGCUCUAAUGAGAACUGUCGGGAGCCAGUCCUUCGGAAAGAUCUGAAAGAGCAUUUGAGUGCAGACUGUCCGUUUCGAGAGGAAAAAUGCCUUUAUUGCAAAAAGGACGUGGUAGUCAUCAAUCUACAGAAUCAUGAGGAAAACUUGUGUCCUGAGUACCCAGUAUCUUGUCCCAACAAGUGUUUGCAGAUUAUUCCAAGAACUGAGGUGGAUGAACACCUUGCUGUGUGUCCUGAAGCUGAACGAGACUGUCCUUUCAAGCACUAUGGCUGUACUGUAAGGGAUAAACGAGGAAACCUGCAGAAUCAUGAGCAUUCAGCCUUACGGGACCACAUGCUUCUGGUUUUAGAAAAGAACUUCCAGUUAGAAGAACAGAUUUCUGACUUAUAUAAGAGCCUAGAACAAAAAGAAAGUAAAAUCCAGCAGCUGGCAGAAACCGUAAAGAAAUUCGAAAAGGAGUUCAAGCAGUUUGCACAGUUGUUUGGCAAAAAUGGAACUUUCCUCUCAAAUAUACAGGUUCUUGCCAGUCACAUUGACAAGUCCGCUUGGCUAGAAGUUCAGGUGCGUCAGUUAUUACAAAUGGCUAACCAGCAACAAAGUAAAUUUGAUCUGAGGACUUUGGUGGAAGCGAUUGAUACAGUGAAACAGAAAAUCACCCUGCUAGAAACCCAUGAUCAAAGAUUAGUUGUUUUGGAAGGGGAGACUAACAAACAUGAUGCCCACAUUAAUAUUCAUAAAGCACAGCUGAACAAAAACGACGAGCGUUUUAAGCUGCUAGAAAGUGCCUGCUAUAACGGAAAGCUCAUCUGGAAGGUCACAGACUACAAGCUGAAGAAGAAGGAGGCGCUGGAUGGACACACAGUAUCUAUCUUCAGCCAGCCCUUCUACACCAGCCGGUGUGGCUACAGGCUCUGUGCUAGAGCAUACCUGAAUGGGGACGGGUCCGGGAAGGGGACGCACCUGUCAUUGUACUUCGUGGUGAUGCGAGGAGAGUUUGACUCACUGUUGCAGUGGCCAUUCAGGCAGAGGGUGACCCUGAUGCUUUUGGACCAAAGUGGCAAAAAGAACCACAUUAUGGAGACCUUCAAGGCUGACCCCAAUAGCAGCAGCUUUAAAAGACCCGAUGGGGAGAUGAACAUUGCCUCUGGCUGCCCACGCUUCGUGGCUCAUUCCACUUUGGAGAAUGCCAAGAACACCUACAUUAAAGAUGAUACCCUGUUCUUGAAAGUGGCUGUGGAUUUAACUGACCUGGAGGAUCUCUAAUCACUGCUUCUGGGGUGAUAAAAGGACUCCUUGAAUCCAGAACCUUUGGUUAAUGUAGUGACUGAAUGUAGGCUUGACACACUCUUGUAUUUGGCUCUUUGCCCUUAAUGUUUGAAGUCAUUUUGAGAUUUCUCAAGUGCUGUCUUCUUUUUACAUUUUAUUCUGUCCCAGUUUGAAACUGACAAUACUUAGAAUUUCUAUCUUCUCAUUAUUUAUAUUUUUAUAUCUCUUGAAAGAUGUAAAUUUUCUUAAAGGUAAGGUCUGGGGCAUACCUCUUUUACUGGUGAUUAGUGUGGGGUCUCAGGGUGGGCCCUCUAUAACAUUAAAUGUCAUUGAGGACACAGAAGUAGAAUUUCCAGUUGAAAAUGCUUUGGUAUUUUAUAUUUGACCUUUUGAUUCUAGACCUGACCGUAAGCCUGCAAAAACUAUCUUUUAGGGUAGGCUAUUCCAGUUAGGUAGAUGGGUAAUGUACUUCAAUCUGCCCAGUUUGCACCAGGCUUUUUCUGGUUAUAUACUGUAUUUGUGGAAAUUACUACACCUUUAAUAUUUUCAUGAAGUUUACCAGUAGUCAGCAAGCACAGUUUUGCAAGGAUGCAUAAGAAGUGGUGAAUAGAGUAAGCAUUUUCAUUCUUCCUGUUGAAGUAAAGCAGACAGCACGGCAUAGUUGAUAUAUAAGGAGAUACAGCCAUCCAGCUAAAGUUCAGAUUUUAUUAGUUUCAAGCAUGUGAAAAAACCGUUUUCAAACAAAAUGAUCAAAUAUUAUCAGUUUCGUAAGAUUCAACUUAAUAAAUAAUAUAUAUGUACAUGUACACAAAUAGUUUAAAGGUAUUUUGGUAAGAAUAGUAAAUUAAUAUGAGGAUGGGCAGAAUUUAGUAUAUGAUGGAGAAAAUGUCAAAAAUGGAUAAGAGGAAUUUAAAACCUAGGGAGAACACCAUUACAAUUUCCUAUGGGUGUUAGUACUCCCAUCUGAAAUUGAUGGCUAAAAGCAGUAUCUCCUAUUCUUCCUGAGAGGAAUUUUGAAUUCAUAAAUUGAUAUGAAAUUGGGCACUUAUGUAAACUUGUGAUGUUUCUUGUCGAAGUCCUGAGUACUUUGUGAAGAACAGAAAUGAUCAUGUUCUUCUACAUCUAUCUGUAUGGGUCUCAGAGUGUAAAUACAAGUCUACCUGAGUCCUUCGGACUCUUGAUAAGCCUGAGCUUAACAAGAAACUACCCAGUUUUCCUGACCCCUAACUCUUGUUAUGCCACCAAGCAUGGCCAACACUCAGCUGGCUCCCUUGAGCAUGCAAGGGCAAGCUGUUCACUCGGGUGAUGACCACACACCUUAAAACUCUUGAUCAGUUGACCUCACAGAAGCACAUGAUUUAUACCAGUAGCUUCUGGAAUAAAUGGAACUUUCUUCAUCUCUCCUGUGAAAUUUCCAAGAUACCAAAGACUCAUACUGCACAAAUCUUCCCAAAGGGUUAAAUUCAAAGACCUAGGUUCACAAUAGAAAUCUGCUAAAGAACUACCCUGAAUCUGCUGGUGAACUG